CGGGUGGGCGCGUCCCGGCGGCCACGUUGACAGGGCGGGAGGGGUUGCCGCGUCCGUGUAGCGCCGCGCAGGGCGGUCGGGGUCGUCACCCGGUGCCACCACAGUCCCAAAAUGUCUUCGCCUCCCAAAGAGAAAGCAGAGACGCGGGCCGGACACCCUCCUGCUGUGAAAGCUGGUGGGAUGCGGAUUGUGCAGAAACACCCACACAAUUCUGAUGCCAAAGAAGAAAAAGACAAGGAUGACCAAGACUGGGAAACCAGCAGCCCACCUAAACCAACGGUGUUCAUCUCUGGUGUCAUUGCUAGGGGUGAUAAGGACUUCCCUCCAGCUGCGGCUCAGGUGGCACAUCAGAAACCACAUCCUUCUGUGGAAAAGCUUCCUCACCCGCAACAUGUCAAACAGCACAUCCACCAGCCUCGCAAGUGAGCUCUCCAUCAAAAUCUCAGCCAAACUGCCAUCGGUGAAUAAGUUUUUAAGAGAAGACAACCCUUUAGGAUUCACACUGUCAAAUCAGUAAAAUUGACCCCUAAAAUAAUAAGCUGUUUCUUUUACCUUAAUUCUCAAGGGUUAAUAACAAUGAAGACAUUGUUCAGUUGUUAUCCCAGAUGGAAAAUUCUCUAUUAAGUAUUUGCUGAUCAAGGGUGGGUUUUUUAUAAGAUUUUCUCAUUGCCAAGAUAAAACUUCAGUAUGAAUAAUGUGAUUAAUGAGCUUAAAACUUGUACUUUUUAGUUGUGGCAUGGCAAUAAGCAGAUAGUUAAUGUAGUUUUUAUGCUAAGCUGGUAAGGAAGAAUAGCCCUUUUGUACUGGUACCUUUACUGUCUGGAGGGAGUUUGUCGUAUGUGGUGAGACAGAAAUCGGUGGUUGGCUUGAUCACAUAGAACCCUUGCAGCCUUCAGUAUCCUACGGUGUCACACCACAGUGGCUGCGCCCUCUGAUUUCAAUUAGUGAGAUGACAAAAGGGCCCCAAAACAUUCCCAAGUGGGUAGAAAUCCAGCUGAAUCUUCUUUACACCCCUUUGCACUCACGCAGUCUUGCUGAGGUUCUUCCAUUUGGAGAUCUGUGUGUAUGGAGAGGGGAGAGAUAUCCGAGUUACAAGACCACUGCUGCUGUAGGCAACUGGUUUGUGAUCUCAUGGAUCUCACUGGGGGCUGUAUUUUUAUGAGGUGAUGAUUUCUCCAUUCCAAUAGCAAGCUGAAGGAGCUCAGGACCUGCCAGAAUUGAACUUAAAAUAAACUGGAGAAAAAUCUAUUUUCCUUUUUUAACUUACAGUUUGAGAUCACUGUUGAAAACUAAGAAAUACCAUUAGUAAAUGUGUUUAACUUUAUACCUAAUCUCUGUUCCAUAUCAUAUUUUUUCAUAGUCAUCUUAUUGUGAAUAAGGGAUAUGAGAGAAUAAAAAAGUUAGUUUUAAAAUAGAGCAAUUGGAUUAGUUUUGGCCACAUAAUUAAAUCUUUUCAUUAUGCAGUUCAAAAUCACUUAGCUCUAUGGUCUUCCUUCUACAGCUCAUCUCUAUAAAACCCAGGAAAAUAAUUUUUUUAAACAUUUCACCUACAUUUUUAAAGUGUACUUCUUUUUUUAAGUGACUACAAAUACAGUACAGGCUUUAGUACCCUCUAGGUUUAUAAAACUUCUAAUAACUUCAAAAAAAGUGGGUACUGGAGCUAGUGCUGCAAACACUCACCUGGCAAAUCAGUGAAGGUUUGGGGUCACUUGGGGCUUUACUAGUUCAUUUAUGUUUAAAAUCAAAUAGCAUGGAAAACCAGUAAGGAGAGUUUUAAAAAUUUAAAGUUUGGGGCUUUUUUAAUUUUAUUUUUAAAAAAUUCUGCAGAUUAAAUAAUUAUUCCCUGAGCAGUUGAUUUAAAACAACAAUGACCAACAAAAUAAUGUGAAAUAUGGCCCAUUUCACAAGUGGAAUAACUCACUUCAUGUGGGUGAGAGGGACCAGACAUUUCUGUCUCUUUGUAGGCUUGAAAUGGAAAUGAUGUUUUGCAAAGGGUAUGCAUGAAUAUAUUUAUUCUACACCCAAGAAGGAUGUACAAUCUGUAUAUGUAGUCCUUAUUUUCAGUUAAUUAAUAACCGUACUUGCCUUAAGAAAUGAACGUUGUUCAUAAGAAUUAUUCUCUUAGAAUAUGCAUAAUUUUUAAAAAUGCUUUCUGUUUCUGAUGUCGGUACGUCUGAGGCCUUGUUUGUAGCUGCUCAUGAGUGUACGAGUGAUUUACACAUGAGUAGCUCUUUCAUAAGGGUAGCAUUGUUGAGCCUCGUGGAAUAUCUGCACGAGGUAAUUUGCUGGCAGGAAUGUUUGCAGAUUCGGGACAGAAAGCGGUGGCAUCUCAUUGAUGGUUCAGCCAGUAGCUGUCGACGUGCUGCAUCAGCGAUGAAGCAGAUCAUCGUAGUCGCUUGGUACUGGUAGCUGGUGGCUUGAGGGUGAGCUGGAUGGGAUUCAGCUCUCCUACUCUUGUGCCUACAUCUGAAGGUAGGGUCUAGGCUCCAGCUGUAGUCAAUGGUGAUGUUGCCAAGACAGUCGUUAGAGUUUAGGUAUGGCGCCUUUGACCAAAUGGAAGUGUCUUUCAAGAUGAGCUGGAUCACUCUUGACUCCAUUGACUGCGGCAGAAAACUAAGCGUAUCUCAGUGUAGAAGCACGCAAUUAGGUGGGGCUGGGCACCUCUGCCCUGUAUCUAGGAUAGCUGGUAGAAAUGCGUAUUUCUAUCUUCUGAAAGCAACACCACAUUUCCAUUCAAAUAUUAAAAGUUAGGAACAUGGAUGCUUUUGGAUUACAAACUACUGCUCCUCGUUGUUAAUGCAAUAUAUACAGCAUAUGUAAACAAUACCUGAAUUUUGCCUUUGAUUACUUAGAUGGGUAUGUAAGUUAGUACAAUCGAGUAUGACUCUCAGGAUAGCUUUAGUGGCUUUUAGAACGCAGGAAUUCCUAUAUGGUUAGAAAAUGUCUCUGUAUGAAAGCGUAUUCUAUAUUGUUGGGAGGUAUCCAUGUUUAUACACAGAUGUCCUUACCAAAGCAUUACCUUGCCCAAAAUAAAGAAUUGUAACUGGUGAUCUGGAUUGCCUAUUGAUGGUUAUUGAUACUUUAAAAAGUAUGUUACAAUAACAUCCGAGCACAGAAGUUGUUCAGGUGUUAACUUGAAAUGAUUGCAAAAGAAAUUUUCUGUAAUUUUCAAUGUGGCAAUAACGCAACAAUAAAGCAUGAAGUUGUAUAUUGGGCUCAUUUUUCUGUAAGUACAAUGUAAAUCAGCAGGGGGGGGUUUAUGGGAUUUUAUUACAGAAUGUCACAUAACUAAUCAACAUUUUAUAGCCAGUGAAAUUUAUUAGGAAGUUUUAUGACACAGUGGAUGAGCUGUUUUGAAUGGUCCAGUCUCAUUAAAAUAAAACUAGACACUACCAACUAGAAUGGGAGUUGCUGUUUUCCACUAUGAAAUUGGAGAUCCCCACUAGAUCUCUGUGAAGGUUUGGAAUCUAAGCCUGGUAAUAAAUCAGUCUGUUAAAGGAAAUUAAAUUUAAUGCUUUCCA